UUCCGGUGGUCUAUCUCUCACCACUCACACUCGCACCCGCACUCACUCUCACUCUCACUCGCAAAGUCACUCGUAAUCUCACUCUGAGUCUCACUCUCACUCUCACUCUCAGUGUGCGCAGUGUUUGUGCGUGUGUCGGGCGAUAAACCCCGAACCGCCCCGCGGCACAGCUCGUCUUUUGCUGACAAAGUCGCUCCAUCGCGGUCUUGGCUUGCCGAACUUUUCCCACCCGGCCGACCUAGGGCGGGCCCUCUUUUUGCCUCUCGCUGAAGAUUCGGUGCUUGUUUUCCACUUCCCUCUCCACUGUUGAUUGAGUGCGCGUUGUUUGUUCUCGACUUGCAUUUGCAGACUCGCAUUGCAUGCACAGCACAGCACAGCACAGCUCAGCACAGUACAGCAUACAGCACGCUCACCUCUCACCCACUUCGCAGACAACCUGACUGACACGAGCACAGAGAGGAGGUGACUCUUGACAGCCAGAUCGUCGUCCGUCAUACGCUGCUCUCUUCCACGUACGACUCCUCCCUCCCCCCCUCCUCUUCCUCUUCCUCUCCCCUCCGUCCCGGGCAAGGCCGGGAUAUGACCCAUGCGCCCCCAGGUGCUGCGGCGCAAUCCUUCUCUCCGGUCAUCCUAGACCUAACCGGCUGAGGCAACUCACUAGCCAGCCAGCCAGUCUGCCAGUCUGCUGCCGUCUGUUGCUUGGCCCUGUUUGCCGCCGCCGCCGCCCACUAGUACUGCUGCUGCCGCCGCUGCUGCUAUUGUUACCGCUGCAUUGCUGCUGCUGCUGCUGCACAUCCGGCCUGCCAGUGAAAUGACCACCGCCUGACCUCACACUCCGGCCAGGCUCCUCUCAAGGCUCGAUCGAGGCUCCAUCCAGAAAAGGGUCCCCCCCCCCCUCCUGAUAAGAGCAAAACACCAUCUCGCAGUUCCGUCUAGUUAAAAAAAGGGGAAAUGUGGAGUUCCCACGACAAUGGGACAGACAUGCUAGACACGAAUGCGAAUGCACGUCCGCAACAAAUGGCCGAGGAGGAAGCGAACUCGGUCUUCAGCCACGACGAGGGCUCGAGUGGUGAUGACACGACCAACAACGGCUCGGCCGGCGCCCCGAGGAAGCGCAAGAGGGAGAAGCACCAAAAGACAUCAUGCGAGCUGUGCAAGGCGAGAAAGGUCAAGUGUGAUCGCGCCGAGCCCGCGUGCUCGUGGUGUGCCCGGCACAACCGAACCUGCGUCUACCUGGAGAGACAGAAACCCGGGAGUCGUAUCGGCUUCAGUCUCGAACUCGAGGCCAAGGUCAACCGCCUCGAUGCCCUGUUGCAAGCUCUCGGCCGUCGUGUAGAGGAGCACAUCUCCAACGACCACGUCGCUGCCACCACCACCACCGCUACAGCUACCGCCCAAACCCUCUCGCCGGCCAUCAGCAACCAGGCGCCCUCUCAGCCCGAGGCGGGGUUUCGUCAGGACGGGAACGGCAUCAGUCCGGGCCCUGGCCUCCCUAGACCACCGCCGCCGCCGUCGCAGACGUCGAACGGUCGUACGCCCGCCUUCUCAAGCUCCUUCUGGCAGGCCGGCGAUGCCCAAGACGCCCUUCAGAACGCCGGCGAUCGAACCUCGGUACAGGCCCUCCUGAACCUCUCGGCAGGCGACUCUUUCGGCCAGCCAGGCGCGUCACCCGGCGUCACGGGGCCUCGGAAAGAUGCACCAUCGACCGUUUCGACCGUGUCCGAGUUCCCACCGCAUGACAUGCUCUACACGCUCGUCGACCUGUACUUCAAACACUGCAACACGUGGUGCCCGAUCCUGGACCGUAAGACAACCUUUGGCGCCUUCUUCGGCUCGACCUCCCUCAACGAGGCCGACCGGGUCCUGCUGCACGCCAUCGUCGCCACGACCCUGAGGUUCCUGAAAGACCAGCGGCUGUCGUCCGAGAUGCGGUCGCACUACCACGCCGUAUCGAAACACCGGGUGCAGAUGUACGCCAUGGAGAACGUCAGCAUCGCGGCACUGAGGGCCCUGGUCAUCCUCUGCCUGGACGAGCUCGGGACCUCCAACGGACCCCGCGGCUGGAACAUGCUCGCGCUCCUCGCCCAAAACGUCAGGCAGCUGGAGCUCUGCGAGGAGAGCAGCGUGUACCUCACGGCCGAGGCUGAGGAGACACCGCACACCGGUUCCAUCCGCCGGGUGGCGAUGGGCCGGCCCGAAUCCUGGAUCGAGGACGAGGGCCGGCGGCGGCUUUGCUGGAUGGUGUACCUCCUCGACCGUUACGCGACCAUCGCCACGACGACGUUCGACUUCAUGCUCGACGACAGCAAGAUGAAGCGCGGCCUGCCAUGCUCGUACGACCUCUUUUCCCGGAACGUCCCCGUCGAGACGCGGUCGUGGAGCCAGGCUUCGGACCAGCAGCCCGACACCCCGGCCAUCAACAAACCCGAGAACCUCGGCAGCUUCUCGUACCACUGCGAGAUCCUGCGCAUCCUCAGCAAGGUGCACGACUUUCUCAAGACGCCCAUCAACGUCACGUCGUCGGCCGAAAUGGCCGUCUGGCGCAACACGUACAGGUCGCUCGACGGCGCGCUCGACAACUGGCUGCAGAGCCUGCCGAGCGAGUACAGCAGGAUAUCGGCCCUGUGCCACUCCGACCCGGCCAGCCGCGUGGCCAACUGGUUCAUGCUGCAUAGCGCCUAUGUCACUUCGGUCGUGCGUCUGCAUUCCUCGGCCGCGUACCCGACCGUGCGGUCGCACAUCUUCGUCCCGUCGCACUACGCGAUGCAGCGGUGCCUGUCCGCCGUGCAGAGCCUGGGCGACAUUGCCCAGGACGUCUUCGAGGCCAACGGGCUCGAUCUCCUGGGGCCCCCGUUUGCCUUCUCGCUGUGGGUGGCUGCGCGGUUGCUGCUCAUCCACGCCGCCACCGUCGGCUGUCCCGUCGAUCCCAAGAUUGACUUCUUCAUCGAGACGCUGCGCCAUGUCGGGCAGUACUGGGAGGUGGCGAACAACUACGCCAAGAUCCUCGCCCGGGUGGUGCAGCGCGGGCGUCAGGGCGACAUGAGCUUCACCGCCAUGAGAAAGAGCGCUCACGAUCUCGUUACAUUGACAUCCUCCACGCGGCGUUCUGGUUUGGAGCCGACAUCGACCCAGGUAACGUCCCUGAGCGAGCUCGACAACAUUGACGUUUUCGACUUCUUCAACUACCCCAAGAUGUCGGAGCCGAUAAGGAUGGCAAACGGUCAGACGAACCUGUUGCAGGCCCAGGCCAUGAGCGGGCUGGGCGGCGAUUCCAUGAGGAGUACCGGAGUGCCGGAUCCCGAGUCAGAUUGGCUCGGCUUCAACACGCCUUUCAACUGAAGAUCUCUUGUUGUCGUUGUUACAGCGGCGCAUAUUAUAUAUCCUCCCCCCCCUCCCUCCCCCCACCAUGCUCUUCAUUGAACGGACCGGAGGUUUGCUUCCAUUGUUUCCAUCCAAUUUUCUUCUUUUUUUAAUUAGACAAAAAACACCAUGCAAGCUGGGACUGGCGCUGAAGGACUUGACGGAACAUUCAUUGUUGAGGCGUUCAUGGGUGUGUGGCGUUGUACAUACUUGUCUUGCUGAUGGAUCAAGGGGUGGCGUGUGUGUAUGUGUGUGGCUUCGCGAUAACUUACAUAUAUUACAGCCGCAAGGGAGCCAGCCAGCCGUGAGGACGGUCCAAUUGAAAAUCCCGCUGAUCAUGAUCCCCCCCGCACACAAGCUGACGAACAACGCUCCACCGUGAUCAGGCCGAACCG